ACAUGCCUGACUGCGUGCUCAGUGUGCUUCGCGCUCUUUAUCAGCCCAGCUUUCUGUUUUUUUAAACCAGUCAGACUCGUUCACAUUGUGUUCUACAGGAGUCAAUGACACCAGGUCGUACCGCCACGGCUGCUGUCUUCCUGUACUAAAGACUAGGAUCUGCGUUCAGGUGUCAGGUGACGUUGCGUGUUGUUGUUUUUUUAUCCUUCAAAACAGAAGUAAAUCACAGACUACAGUAAAUGCUUUAAAAAAUAAUAAUAAUAAAGUUUACAAGUACUUUAUCUAACGUCACUGUACCAACAAUUAAAAUGGCUUUAUGAAUCAGACUGAAGACAUACGCAUUGCUACCAGUCCACCUGUAUGACGACAGCUUUCUAAUUCAGUCCGUUGCGGUUUUUUCUUUUUUUUAAGGCUUUACCCUCCAAGUGGCACCGUAGCGCUAAACUGAGCCGGCCCACCUGCUUAGUAUUUUUUUUUUUUCAGACACUCCUCAGUUUAGUCUACUCGGAACAAGGAAACACUGACAGUGAAGGCUUUGUUAUUAGUCCAAGGAAACUCCGAACUAACAGGACACAGGCAUGCUUCACAAUGGGGAAUAACUGGUCCUGGCGUCCUGAUCUUUCCAGGUGGGUGCCAGGGGCUCCAUCUAACAGGAAAGAGAAAGGUAACAGGAGCAGUCACUUGGAAAAGAAGACGUUCGAAGACCACACGUACGACGCGGUGGCUGAACUCCCCAUCUACGCGGUCGUGGACAAAAAGAAGAAGAAGAAAGAGAGGAGUCACGCAGGAGACGAGGGAGACCUGCAUUACGCAGAGAUCCAGCUGCUAACCGAUCCAGCCUCGAAGCACCACCACCACCGCUCCCUCAGCAGCAAGAGGGUGAAAGAGCAACAGCAGAGCAACAACAACGCCACACUGUACGCCACCAUAGACUUCACUGCAACUCACACAGCAGAGCCUAGACCAGCACACAGCACAGCAAGAAACACCAUCGACUUCCCUGCAGAGCCUAGACCAGCACACAGCAGAGCAAACAACACCAUCGACUUCCCUGCAGAGCCUAGACCAGCACACAGCACAGCAAGAAACACCAUCGACUUCCCUGCAGAGCCUAGACCAGCACACAGCACAGCAAACAACACCAUAGACAUCCCUGCAGAGCCUAGACCAGCACACAGCACAGCAAGAAACACCAUCGACUUCCCUGCAGAGCCUAGACCAGCACACAGCACAGCAAGAAACACCAUCGACUUCCCUGCAGAGCCUAGACCAGCACACAGCACAGCAAGAAACACCAUAGACAUCCAUGCAGAGCGUAGAUUAGCACACAGCAGAUCAAGCAACACCAUAGACUUCCCUGCAGAGCCUAGACCAGCACACAGCAGAUCAAGAAACGCCAUAGACUUCCCUGCAGAGCCUAGACCAGCACACAGGACAGCAAACAACACCAUAGACAUCCAUGCAGAGCGUAGAUUAGCACACAGCAGAUCAAGCAACACCAUAGACUUCCCUGCAGAGCCUAGACCAGCACACAGCAGAUCAAGAAACGCCAUAGACUUCCCUGCAGAGCCUAGACCAGCACACAGGACAGCAAACAACACCAUAGACAUCCAUGCAGAGCGUAGAUUAGCACACAGCAGAUCAAGCAACACCAUAGACUUCCGUGCAGAGCCUAGACCAGCACACAGCAGAGCAAACAACACCAUAGACAUCCAUGCAGAGCGUAGAUUAGCACACAGCAGAUCAAGAAACGCCAUAGACUUCCCUGCAGAGCCUAGACCAGCACACAGGACAGCAAGAAACACCAUCGACUUCCCUGCAGAGCCUAGACCAGCACACAGCACAGCAAGAAACACCAUCGACUUCCCUGCAGAGCCUAGACCAGCACACAGCACAGCAAGAAACACCAUCGACUUCCCUGCAGAGCCUAGACCAGCACACAGCACAGCAAGAAACACCAUCGACUUCCCUGCAGAGCCUAGACCAGCACACAGCACAGCAAGAAACACCAUAGACACCCAUGCAGAGCCUAGACCAGCACACAGCACAGCAAGAAACACCAUCGACUUCCCUGCAGAGCCUAGACCAGCACACAGCACAGCAAGAAACACCGACUUCCCUGCAGAGCCUAGACCAGCACACAGCACAGCAAGAAACACCAUAGACAUCCAUGCAGAGCGUAGAUUAGCACACAGCAGAUCAAGCAACACCAUAGACUUCCCUGCAGAGCCUAGACCAGCACACAGCAGAGCAAACAACACCAUAGACAUCCAUGCAGAGCGUAGAUUAGCACACAGCAGAUCAAGAAACGCCAUAGACUUCCCUGCAGAGCCUAGACCAGCACACAGGACAGCAAACAACACCAUAGACUUCCCUGCAGAGCCUAGACCAGCACACAGCACAGCAAGAAACGCAAAGCCUGCUGUCACAGCCAGGAAAUCAUAUAAGAAUCCACCCCGACCAGCAGAACCAUCAAACAAGGUGAAUCCUGCAAAAGGGACUCGGGUAUGAUAGCAGGCGAUGUGUUCACU